GACAUACACUACAACACCGACUACAAGCUAGAGGGAAAGAUCCUUGAGCGGAUGCUUCGGUUCGAGGAGCUUCACGGUCCGGCGCCUGCGAUGGAUCCACGUCGGGACAAGGGAGAGGCGGGAGAGGCGAGGGACGAGGACGAGGUGGUCGAUGUUGACGACAUCGUGGACGAGGGGACACGGGUUGGGCCUUCAGGGAAGGACCAAGCAUGGGGGAAGGGCAUUGUUCAGGAGGCAAGGGGACAGCAAGACCAUUACUUUGUGGGUGCUCACGUGUUGGCUCGCACACAAGCGCACAACGAUGCGCAAGAGGCGACAGUUGCUGAUGUCGUCUGGAAGGUUAGCUACAGGGUGAGGUCGUUGUCAGAGGUCUUAGCUACAGGGAAGAAAUGCGAAGUGAAAUUGAAGCCGCAGCUGAGAGCAGUUAUGGUUCUUCUUCUUAUGUGCUUGGUAUACCAAGAGCUGGAUCCAGGACUAAGCAAUGUGGGGCCUUUCCUUUACAACUGGGUGAUGGACUCCUGGACUAAAGGAGGGGUGUCGAGUGGGUUGAUUCUAUAUGUCAUGCAUUGCCGGCGUGAACGAACAGCCAGCAAUGUUGCUUUCUCCACGUCUUGUCUGGGAGGAGUGGCCAAGGAAUGGGUGAUGGCCGAAGCCAACGCCGCUGGCUUUGAGGACAUAGGUGAGCGGUCUAAGACCCUGACAUUGAGGCAAUUUCUCCAGAAAAUCAAGGAGAGAUUCCUUGACAAAACGAUUGUCGAUAAGACUUUCGAUGAACUCACCACUAUAGGCCAAAAACGACGGACUUCUGUUGAUGCCUUGUCUCGUGAAGUGGAUCGUCUGUUGCAGGUUGGAUACACAACAUCAGUGGCUCAGUUCAAGUUCAUAAACACCACACGUAAGCUAAAUUUUUCGUGGCCAAAUGCGGGAGCAUAUAUGGACACAGAUGGGACACUGCACGACACUCCUUCAACAUAUGUGCUAGCCAAGAGCGAUAUUCUUUUCCCCAGUGAGUGCCGAGACCUUCCCAGUCCGAUCUAUAAUGCAGCCUCCAUCUGCCAUAGAGGGGUCACUUUCCGCUCAGUGAAGAUGACUGACAUAUCACCUUCUGGUCUUGUUCCACGAUUGCUGAACAUCCGCACUGUAAAAGACGGUGCUACAAGAGACAUGCAAGUGCCAUGGUCUCAUGAAGCAUAUGGCUUUAUGCUUCCCACAGCGAGAUCUUUCAACUUCACAUGGGUCCGUCUGGGACGGCUCGAUCCAUCUGGGUUCAGGAUUUCCCCCUCAUUGCGGCCCUCGAAGAACGAAUUUCUGAUGAUUAUUUCAAGGCAGGCACGUGUCCCUGAUCACUUCCAUGUCUACACUCGUGGGAAGGAGGUAAAAUCUUUGGCACAGCUUCCCACACCGCUGGACCCACAUGGUUCGUACUUCUACGAUGGAACUUACAGUGGACCUCAAAAUGACACCGGCCUUACUAUUCUCAUUGCUGGUGAUUCUGAUGCACAUGUUCAGAUGGUCAGGCACCAAUGCCCUGACAGUGGAUGCCCAGUCGACUCAGGGCUGUUUGCAUUCCGUGCCGGAAUACUACUCUGGUCAGACCCAGCCACUUGGUUGGAUCCAAAUGCCAAGACCAAUGGACAGAUGCCUCAAGAGGGAUGGGACGUGCUUAUCCCAAAUGGAUGGACCGUCAUGCUGGAUAUCUCACCCCCUGGGCUGGGUGUCCUGACGAUUGAAGGGACUUUGGUUUUCUCUGAGAGGCAUGAUGACUUGACACUGGAAGCAAGAAUUAUUUUCAUCAAUGGCGGAAACCUCACCAUUGGCACUCCAGAGAACCGGUUCCCAAAGAAUGCAACUAUAAAAUUGACUGGGCCACGAAGUGCACAACCCCUGGCAUUAACCAAUGACAUCAGCUUCGGGUCGAAUAGGAGUAGACCAGCACAACAAGAAGAUGAGAUACAAAUUUUUGUCCGAGAUUUGAUGAAAGAACGAGAAGAAAAACGGAAGCGUGACGAAGAGGAAGAAAAACGACUUGCGAAGGAGGAAAAAGAGAAGAGAUGGGAACUCGACAUGGCCAGGAGAACCGAGGAGAUGCGCUUGCAACUUCAAGCAAAAAUUGCCGAUAAAUGGAAGAAACAGCAAGAACAGGCGAUGGAGAAGGCGAAGGUGACCAGCCAAGCGGAAGACAAAGCUACGAGUCCUAAGAUUUCACCAAAGAGCAAGGCGGUUACAAAGGCAAAGGAGAAGACGAAGAGAUCUUCGAAGAAGAAGAAGAUGAAGACAAGGGUCGUGGAAUCUUCUUCAUCCUUAUCUGAUACUGAGGAGAGUACGUCCACUACAGAGGAUUCAUCGGAUACGGAAGAAGAGGCACUACGACUAGUGAGACUACUCCGUGAAGAGAAGCGCAAGACCAAGAUGAAGAAGAGGCAGAUACGGAAGAAGACUAGUAAGAAGAACUCGACGGGCACUUACGAGCGGGGCGAAUGUUCAAAGAAGUCGGAUACUCCCACACCUCCGACGAAGAACAGAGGACUGGAGCCUGAGACACCACUCACAAAGGGGUACAAAGGGAUCUCAGCCAGCUGCUCUCAGGAAGGGCUCGUCGACUACACGUUAUCAGUCAUGAAGCAGUAUUCGGGGAAGAAAGUCUCACAGCUCAAGGAGAUCUGUGAGAAACAUGGCAUAAAACCAGCAAGAAAGGAGGACAUGGUGAUGGAACUGGUGAAGCGACAGACAGAGUUAGCCUAUGACGGCUUCUUCUCGACACCACUGAUGAAGAAGACAAGAUCUCUGAAGAUCGAUGAAGACAUGGAGCAGGCCGACAAGACACCAACCGAACCGGUUAAGACUACGGUCACUACGAGAGGGAAGGCAAAGAUCAAAGGGACACCGAGAGUGACACUAAGAUCGGCACCGCCAGAAGAACAAGAGCAAACACUCAUUAAAGGGAAAGACAAGGUGAUUGAGGAGGAGGUCAAGGGGGUAGAGAAGAAAGAACCCCAGGAGAAGCUCAUGAAGGAUGCAAUGAAGGUCACAAAAGUGACACCGGAAAAACCCGAAACUUCCAAGAAGGAACCUGAGAAACCGGCGGAACAAAAAGAAGAGCCUGCUAAGCAGGAACCGGCCAAGGAGGUAGAAAAGCCGAAGAUAAAAGAAAAAGUGAAGAUGAAAUUACCCUUUACCUAUAAUGGAAAGCGAGGUGAACAUCUCUUGCUCUGGAUUGCAGAAAUUCAGACAUACUGUAGCACGAUACCGGUAGAGCCAGAAAGCCAAGUGGCUUUCACUACCUCAUGUCUAGGUGAGGUAGCAAAGGAAUGGGUCUUGUCUGAAGCCAAUGUUGUUGGCUUCGAGGACAUAGGUGAGUGGGCCAAAACCUUGACCCUCCGGGAAUUUUUCCAAAAGAUUAAGGAGAAAUUCUUGGACAAAACGACGGCGGAUAAGGCCUUUGACGAGCUCACCACCAUCAGCCAAAAGCGUUGGACGACUGUGGAUGCAUUGUCGUGUGAAGUUGAUCAGUUGUUGCAGGUACCUAGUCUGAACCUGCAAGACAAUCAAGUCCUUCAUAUCUUUUCGCGAGCAUUGUCGGAACCCAUCCGAGGACAUCUCGUUGCAGAGGCCAAGUCCGGUGCGCGGCGGCUUCUUCCACCUCAGGUCUGCUAUGGCGGACUACUACCUUCGGCGGCCACCUCUGCUAUGGCGCAUCAGGUUGUUGCGGUUCUGGGAAACCUUGACAUGCAUGGGCUUGAGCGCACAUACACCUGGUCUCAACUCGCGAAAAGUGCACCAGAGGGAUCAAGGAUCCUGGAAAUCAGAGACCCAGUGGAUUGGAAAGUGGGGGACAUGAUCGUUGUUGCUCCCUCUCGCUGGGAUCCAGAUGAGGCUGAAAGAGCCAAGAUUGUAGCAAUAUCCGGCAAUAGGCGUGUACUGACAAUCGAUCAAGGACUGCGGUUCCCCCACAUGAUUUCCAAGCUGACAAUCCCCUCCAACUACACAGUGGAGUUCAUUCCUGAGGUACUUUGCGUCCCCUGCAUAAUUUGAAUCCACCCGCGCUGUCCCUGCACCCCCUCGCCCCUCUCCUCUUCCCCCUCUCUCACCCCACCCCUCUAUCCCCCCAACGCUCUUCAUUUUCUUUUUGAAGAAUCUAAACCCACCAGUACACAGCUUCAGCCUUGCUGAAAAAGUUCCCGUCCCCUACUCCAAACAUUCCGUGCAUCGCUGGUGGCGUCAGCCAGAAAAGGAAAGAAGUGUGCCGCUGGCGGUUCAACAAAUCUUGGUGUGCAGU